UUUUUUGCCAGUGUAUGUAAGAGCAGGUUUAUUCAGAAUUUUCGGUAUGUUUAUGAGGAUUUACAGAUCAUUUUCUUGGAUUUAAGUUUCGGAUUAACAUGCGAGUCUUAUUUGAAAUUUCGUCCGUUAAUUUAGCAACCAGUGGUUUACGUGUGCUGUAACGCAUGAAAAGUAGAUCACCGAAAAACAACAUGGCGGAUUCGGAUAAUACCGUUCAACAUUGAGGAAUAAAAAAAAAAUUGGAUACUGUAGUGAAAAAAAUCCAAAAUGUGUAUGAGGCAGUCAGAUCCAACAUAAAGCACAGAAUGGCUGAGCAUCUAUUGUCUUUCUUAUUAAACAAGUGAUAUUUAAAACAAAAACAACAAUAUUAAAUAUUUUCAUAAACAUAGAGAAAAUGUAGUGAUAUUAUAUACAUAUCUUGUGAAGAGCUACAUAUUUAUAUAUAUUUCAUGUGUAAUCUGGAUUUAAUUGUCUUAAGGCAAAAUAUAUUCUAUGAAUAUUGUGAUUUUUCGGCCGACAAUCACACAUGAUAAACGGACGAAAAAGGCAAGAGCCUCGUCGGCCUCUUGUCUUGCAAGAUGAAAAGAGAGAAAUCUUAAAGUCCUUACGUGACAGUCUGUCAAGAACUACAGGAACCGGGCAAAAUAACAAUAAUGUAACAAAAGCUCGUGAAUCACCGGAUAUUCAUGGAAUACAGACUCGGCAUGACAGUGUUUCGUCUGGGAGUGCACCUGGAUUGACAAAACCUAAUACUACUGCUCAAACAAAGAAGCAAAAUAGUUACAAAACAAAAGCUUUGAAUGAGAUUCGAGAAACAUUGAAACCUUACAAAACUGAUUCAGGGAAUUCAAGUCUAGAGUCAUCUCAGGAUGGUUCUACUACAGAAAUUAGCAAAGCCAUGUUACAGCAUCUGGCACCAGGAACUUCUGAGGAAAAAGCACGAGCCCUGGUGAUAUCUGGCGGCAAAGAAUUGGAGACACCAAUAGACACAAUUCACAGGCUGCAACUUGACGGCAAAAAUGGCAUAUCUAAAACGGGUUUGAAUAUUCGACCUCGGCGGAAAAAUAGCGUUGAUACAGCAAGUCCAGGAUCUGAUAGUGCCAGUACUCGGUCAGAGAGUCCGGGUCUGUCUUCAGUACCUGGCUUUCCAAGAGGAAUACCAGGUCCUCAAUCUUCACGAAGUCAGACUCCAGUCACUGCAUCACGUGUUCUUAGUCCAACAACUGUUCCAAUCAUGGUGAACGGAGCACAGACCCCUCCACCAGUUCCCCCACGAUUGCCAAUGGGUGUUUCUGCAGGCAACCUUCAUGGCCAGUCAUCUGCUAAUGAUGCAAGUUUUAACUCCACUCAAGGUGCAUUAACACCUACAGUGUCUCAGUCAACACCAAACUACCAAGCAAGUAGUCAAAGUCAGAAAGUCCCAGUAUUUUCUUCACCAGGAUUUUCACCUUUUAAUAUGGAACAUAGUAGAGGGAAUGUUUCUAGUGCAGUAAUACAGACUUCAACACCAAAUAUUCAACGUGUUGUAAGUUCCCCUGUUGUUCAACAUCAACAACCUGUACAACAGUUGUCUCAAAAUAUUGUACAGGUCCGAGGAGGUCAUCAGAAUGUGACAAUAAAAUAUCAGCCACGUCAGCCACCUCCUCCCUAUAGCCAUCAAGGUCAAAGUACUUCGCAGAAAGCACCCACUGUAUUGAUACGCCCGGCUGACCAGUCUCCACUGCAACGACAGAAUUACCAGAUUCAGGUGAGCUCACACUCGUUAGAACAGCAUAGCUUGGAGAGUAUGCAGAUACAGCAGGGUCAAGGACAGCCAGCAUGGGCUGCAGGGCAGCCACCAAUCAUUAUGCAACAAGUUAACAGUCGUGAAGUAAAGAAACCAGUCUUACAGACUGCUACCACUCCUAUUUCGCCACUGAUGCAGCAGCAUGGUCCAAAAUAUAUUUCGUCAGUUGAAACUCAUAUAAAUAGCUCUCCUGUACAGCAGCAACAGCAUGUUCCUAAAGGGUUUCAGAUUCAAAUUACUGAUGCAAAUAAUGGGCAAUUGAUAUACAAUGGAGUUGAUAGAAGGACUCCGGAACAAUAUCAACAUCAAUUUCGAGGACAUGGUGUUCAUAAACCUGUGAUACAAAUACAGUUAAAUCAACAUCAUCAACCGUAUGCAUACCCUUAUACAAAUAUAGACCAUAACAUAAUGAUGCAGCAAGCUAAUGAUACCCCCAUAUCAACACCACGCUCAGGUUCACCUAUGUCUAUUUCUCGGAAUACAAAUCAAUCACCAAUGUCAAUAUCAUCAAACCCUUCAACAAGCUCUGACAUUCCAGAUAGACCUCCUCCCCCCUACCCUGGUCCAGGCAGACCAUUAAAUCUCACAAAUAACCUUGUACCUGGCAAUCCGGUACCAAUUGUUCAACCCAUUCCUCAGAACCCUGUAACAAUGGGAUUUCCGCAGCCCCAGAUAGUGCGGUCACAACCGGCAGCUAUACAGCAUGGAAUGGCAACAAAACCACAAGGACAUCCUCCUCCUCAGCAGAUGCAGCAAGAUCAGCCUCCGUUACCUCCUCGCAUUCCAAUUAACCAAAGUAAGCCACCUCCGCCACUGCCACCAUCUGGCCAACAAGAAGAAUCUCAACCCCCACUCCCACCGAAACCUCGAAAAACUAUAGAAACUGAAGGUGCAUCAAGUGAACAAAAUGACAAUGAUACUGAUGUUGAAACAAUGUCUACAACGUCGGACAUGAGUACAUCAGAUAACAAAAGAACUUGCACCUCUCCAAUUCCGGAACGAAAACCGGAUUCUGAGGAAAAAGAAAUAUUACGUAGAGACUCUUCGGUACGCAACUAUUCUCCACAAGCUUAUAAAUUUUUCAUGGAGCAGCACGUUGAAAACUUGCUGAAGAAUUAUUCACAGCGACAAACUAGAAAGCUACAGUUGGAGAAAGAAAUGGCCAAAGCAAAUCUUUCUGAUCAAGCUCAGCUUCAGAUGCGGAGAAUGUUACAGCAGAAAGAAUCAAACUAUAUCAGAAUGAAACGUUCAAAAAUGAACAAAGACAUGUUUGAAAGAAUAACAACGUUAGGUGUUGGUGCUUUUGGUGAAGUGCAUUUGGUCCGUAAAAAAGACGUGAUGCAGCUUUAUGCAAUGAAAACUUUACGGAAAAUGGAUGUAUAUAAACGUAACCAAGUGGCACACGUGAAAGCUGAGCGUGAUAUUCUUGCUGAAGCUGACAAUGAAUGGGUAGUGAAAUUAUACUAUUCAUUCCAAGAUCGCGAUAAUUUAUAUUUUGUGAUGGAUUACAUUCCAGGUGGGGAUUUAAUGGGAUUACUGAUCAAAUUUGGAAUUUUUGAAGAACCUCUUGCAAGAUUUUACAUUGCAGAGUUAGUGCUAGCUAUAGAAAGUGUACAUAAAAUGGGGUUCAUACAUCGGGAUAUCAAACCUGAUAAUAUUUUAAUUGACAAAAGUGGACAUAUCAAACUUACAGACUUUGGAUUGUGCACGGGCUUCCGAUGGACCCAUAAUUCCAAGUAUUAUCAAAAAGAUGGAGUCCACAAUCGGCAAGAUUCCAUGGACGUGAAUUGCUCGGAAUCACCAAUGUCUAUAGAUUGUCGAUGUCAGAAGAUCAAGACAUUGGAGCGAAGAAAACAACACAAGAAGUGUCUGGCACAUUCCUUGGUUGGCACACCAAACUAUAUAGCUCCUGAAGUGCUGCUUAGACAAGGUUACAAGUCUUGUUGUGACUGGUGGAGUGUUGGCGUGAUCCUGUAUGAGAUGUUAGUCGGACAACCACCCUUCUAUGCUCAAACACCGCAAGAAACCCAGUACAAGGUUAUACACUGGGAGCAGACUUUAAAAAUUCCACGUGAGGCCAACCUUUCACAAUCAUCAAAGGACCUUAUUAUCAGGUUGUGUUGUGGGCCAGAUGAAAGACUGGGCAUGAAUGGUGCUGAAGAAAUCAAAUCACACCCUUUCUUCUCAUGUAUUCAGUUUGAAGGACUUCGGAAACAGUCAGCGUUAUAUAAGCCAAAAAUUCGUCAUGCAAUGGAUACAUCAAAUUUUGAUCCUGUCGAAGAACGGGAAGAUGACAGUGAUUCUGAAAACGAGAUCAGAAAUUUAGACCACCCCUUAAAUGGAAAAUUUCCAGAACAUGCAUUCUUUGAAUUUACAUUUAAGAGAUUUUUCGACGAUGCUGGCCAUCCUUAUCCGACCGCAAAAUAUGUGGCAGAGCGCAGUGAACGGACUGAAGAGAAAAAACAGGACACUGAAUCAAAUGGAGAGUCAAACUCCCCUGUCUAUGUGUAGCAUACGCUCAAUAGUAAAAGGUCAUUUUCCGAUAUGAACAGAUUUUUGCUCAAGAAUUAGUGGUAGUGUGAAGGGAAAAAAAAUGUCUUGGGUUGUGCAAUGUAUUCACUGACAAUAUGAUUAUUUUAGUGAAAAAUUUAAGUUGCUUCUAUUUUUGUUAUUUAAAGCUGCAGAAUGGUAAAUACUUGACCUUUAUCCCACUUUGAAUUUGGAACACUCCAUUCAAUGUUUAAAGUAUUUCAGCAUUAAAAUAGAAAAAUUGAGCAACCAAUUGUAUAGUGCUUAGUCAGACAGCACAGAUGUGCAGUCUAGUCUAGCUCUAGACUGGUUGCUGAUCAAUUUAUGUACCAGCAUGAAAAGGGUUAACAACCCAAAAGGAAGAAAGGAAUUGUGUUCAGUGCUGUUCAUCUAGAUUGCAUUUUUGUUACCUCCAGUUGAUUCAUGUUUUACAGUCAUUCUUUUUGACACAUACCAGUGUGUUUUAUUUGAAUUUGUAAAAAAUAUUUUGAAAUAAUAUUUAAAAUCAUACUCACUGUUUUAUGUUGCAGGAAUUUAGUUAAAUCUAAUUUGUUAUUCAGUAUAUUUUUCAGUACAUAAAUGAUUUUAUAUGCAUUAACAUAACACAGUCUUAACUUUGACUAAGUAUCAAGUAUGACUUGCUGGGAAGAGGGAUUUCUUAUCUCAAUAAUGUCUAUUUCAGGAAUGCUUUAUAAGUAUUUCUUUGUAUGAAUGUCUGGUACUCUGCAUUAAAUGCAUUGUGUUCAAAUCGUUGUUUGGUGUCAUUUGAAAAUAAAAUUCUGUAUAAGAAUUUUAAAUCUAAAGUUACUAUUUUCAAUCUUUUCAGCAUAUUUAUGAAAUCUUGUCUUGCUUUUUGAAAGUGAAAAGAAGUAACUGUUAAAUGAACUUAAAAUUUUGAAUAAUUCAAAUGCUACAUUAUUGUUCAGUAUUUUAAAAUAUCAGCCAGUCAGAGGCUGUAAAUCAGCCAAAUCAGAGGCUGUAUUCAGCCCAUCAGAGGCUGUAUUCAGCCCAUCAGAGGCUGUAAUCAGCCAAUCAGAGGCUGUAAUAAGCCAAUCAGAGGCUGUAAUCAGCCAAUCAGAGGCUGUAAUCAGCCAAUCAGAGGCUCAGGUCUUUAAUUUCAUGUAUCCAUUGCAUUUUCUUUCUCUUAUUAUCUCUGCUGAAACUGACGCCUCAAUUAGUGAAAGAAACGGAAGUUGAUUUACUCCUUUACUCCUGAUUCUGUUGUAUAUGAAGACAUUAAAAACUAUAGUGGGUUAACAUUUCAUUACAAACAAUAUUCUUAUAACCUUGACAUUUCAACAGAAUAUGAUCAGUAUGUAAGGAGGAAAGUGCACAGAGUUUUGGCAUAUGUGUAUUCAAAUCAUUCACUAUUACCACAGCUGUGUGUGGGUGUCACUAAAAGAAUGGUUUUAUAAAAGGGCAUAAAAUUUAAUGUUGGCAGACAAUUAAUAAAAUUAUAACAGUUUUGAGUGAUUGGUAUUUUGGCAAGUAUUAAAUUUAGUAGGUUGAUAGGAAAUGUUAUAUCUCGGGUCUUUAUGCACUAAAAAUAAUUAUUCUCUGUUAUUUCAUAUUUUUCAGAAAAUAGUUUGCUUUCUUAAUUUGAUUAAUUUUGUCCCAUGGCAUUGCUUUUUGCUGACUUUCAAAGAAAAUUUACAUGUAUGAAAUGCACAUCUGAUUUGUGAAUGCAAUAAAGAAUAAGUAAAAGAUAAUUAAUAUUUUUGUUUCAGAUUUAGGACUAUUGUGACAUGUUAUUUUCACUAUUUUACCAGGAUAAAUUUAAUGAUAUUGAUGCCUUAACAUUGUUAUUCUCUAUUUUUAUAUUCACAAUUGAUAUGUAGUACUAUAGUUGUAUUGUACAGAAGGUGACCUUUUACUAUGACAUGUUGGGUAUGAGUUUUGUGGAGGACUUGGGUAACAAGCUAUUGUGGUGCCUUGAAAUACAGUGUAACUAUGGAAACAAACAUUUUAAUAUUGUUCUAGAAUAGUGAGAUUAGUUGAAGGAAAGCAAUUUAAACAUAGCAAUGCUCUUAUGUGAAGGUGAGAGAAUUUAAAAAGUUGUUUUCCUUACAGGACUGAUAGUGCAGUGAUAAAAUCCUGAUUUAAUGGAAGUUUAAUUGAUAAAAAUUGAAGGGGAAAAAAACGUUUGUUUCCAUGGUUACUGAUUUGCGAUAUCUGUGAUAAUUUACUAUGAAUCUGUUACUGUACAGUGUUAUACAAAUAAUUUAUAUAUGCUGAAAGGUUUGAAUGAUUACCAAAGUUAUUACUAGAUGAUUAGAUAAUGGUUUGUAUUGUUUAUAUAAGAUUCUUAUGUGUACAGUUAUUUAGGUGCUGAAUCAACAUAUGCCCUUACUCUAUAUCUCAGGGCAAAAAUCAGCAAAAAAUACAUAUCCUUUCUUUCUUUGCUUAACUGCUUUUUAAGAUUUUACAGGAUUUUAUUUAUUUUAUAGAGAAAAAAAAACUAACUCACAAACACAUACAUGGAUGUCCUGUUUUUAAUAUGGGCCGAGAUGAAGAAAAUUAACAUUUUUUGUGUGGAUUAAUUUAUUUCCAGAUUUUACCUUUCAUCAUAAAUUUGCAUGACCUUUGAAAUGGAAUUAAUUGUGAAUAAUGUGUUUUCAAAAUGUCAAAAACUGCAAAUUCUCCACAUAUUAGAAUAAUAAUUUGAUAUUUCAAUUGUUGAAUAUUUCUCAAAAUAAUUUAAAACAUUUCAUUUCUACCUUAUUAUUAUAAUUGAAUUGAAAUAUAAGGAGUUCAUAUUUUUAUUGAAAAGAUGAAAAAUGAUUUAUGUCUUCUCUAUAAACAUGUCUAUGCCAUUUUGGGAAAAUUGCAGUUUGCAUAAUAGAAAAUAAAUUGCUAAAGAUUUGGAGAAAAAAACGUCAGGAAAAUAGCCUGAAAAACUUGCACUUAUAUAGGUUUAAUUGUGAUAGAUUUGCAUAUAUGUAAUAAAUAUUUUAACUUCUCAAAUAAACUUUAUAAUGAUCAUGAUGAAUUAUGUACAAGAAUCUUAACAUUUUUUAUCAAAUGCAUCAUAAUGACUGUUUAACAAUUGUAUUUUAAAUGCAAGGUUUUCAGUCCUCUCUGAAAAAUUCAGUAGUUUGCUGGUAUCAGACAGGCUCAUUUUAACCCUGACCCUGCUGAAGUUGUGUAAUGGAUUUGUCUAGAUUUGAAUUGGGAGCAGUCCAUUUAAAAAAUAAGGGAUUUUAAUAUCAAAAUACAAAAGUUGUUCAGAUUGUAUUGAUUUGCAGGCUAGCUUGGUUCCUCCCAGUGCAAGCAGUUAAGGCUGUUAAAAUUAGCUUGACCCCAAUUUAUAAAAAAAAAUGGGUAAUUUUUUUUUUUUAAUCAAAUCUUAAUUGAUUAGCCUUUUUCACCAGUAUAUGGCAAGACAAUACUGCUCAUCUGUGCAGCCUGACCAGAGUCUGUAAUGUUGACUUACUUUAAAUUUUCAUCUUUAUAUCCCCACAAUUGAUAAUGGACAGUUCCAAAAUGAGAGCUGGAUAAGCCCAUUUAAGAAAUUCAGGGAGGUUAAUAGUUACAAGUUUUGAGCGAGUCGAACUACUGCAAACAAAAAUAUUUUAUUGGAUGGCCUUAUGAGAUCAUGAAGUGAUGAUAUAUUAAUACUUUCUGGUGAUAUAAUUUUCAAAUGAAUAUAAAUGAAUGCAUUAACAUAUACUUUACUUGUGAGAAAGUUAAACGAUAAAUCAUUACAUUAUCAUGCUUUGAAUAUGGUUGGUAUUUUAAGUAUGGAAACCUGUUUUUCAGUUUAAGUUAAAAUAUUUAUUUACUUAGUUUAGACUCGAUGUCAAAAGGAAGUGAUAACAACAUUAAAUAUUUUAUUUUGAUUAAUUUUUCCUUCAUGUUUCAGUUGAAAUUACUUUUGAAAUCAUUUUUAUAAUUUCCAUGUUAUUUUCUUCUGCAAGACAUAAUUGUUUUAAUGAAUUUUUAAGAUAAAAGAACAAAAAGCAGUUCAGUUUUGUUCAUCUUGCCGCUGAUUUGAAUCAAGAUAAUUCAUAGGGUUGAAACUGCUAGUAUCUGGACUGUACUUAUUUUACCAGUUUGGGCAUUUUAAAUGUUUUGUAUCUUUUUAUAUCUUUUAGAACAAAUUUUGUUUUAGAAAUAAGUAUGUCAUUAUUGUAAAAUAGAACUAGUGUUUUAUUGAUUGUAUUUAAACUUUUAUGUCUUGUAUAUGACAGACAGAAUGUUGUUAUUGUAUAAAGUGUACAGUGUACAGAAUCAUAUGUAAUGUAUAUUAGCUUAAUAAGCCACUUGUACAGUUUCCCUAGGCUUAAACCUGCUUGUACAUUACCCCACCCACUUUCAUUCCAUGGUGCACAUGUUAUAUCAUUGUUAAAUGUUAAGUUACUGUUGCAUCUUGGGUAAUAUGUAAAUUAGUUAUGUUUCAAUGGUGAUAGCUCACAAUGUAAAUAUUCUGCAUUAUAUAUUAUAUGUAAAGUUGUAUGAAGGAUAGAUAACAAAAUUGAAUGUGAAAAUAUGUGUCAAAUAUUCAUAUACAUACAAAGGACUAAACCAAUAUCAUAAAUGAAUAAAAUAAAAAUAAAUUAAUAAUAAAAAAAUACUAAAAUAA